AUGAAUGAAGAAGCACAGGACGUUCUUCGGUACUGGUUCGAUGGUGACCAAAUGGAAACAUAUCGUUUAAAAUGGUUUCCAACUCAAGGUUCCAUAAAACAACAGCAAACUGAUCGUGAAAUUGCGCAUCGUUUUGGUCCUUUAUUGACGCAGGCAGAGGCUGGAGAACUCAAUUCGUGGCGUUUCGAGUCGCCCGAGACUUGUGUAGCACUAAUUUUAGUCCUUGAUCAAUUUUCUCGUCAUAUUUAUCGACCAUUACAAUGUUGCUGGUUGUGA